GCUGGUGAUCCGGUGGGUGGACAUCACGCAGCUGGAGAAGAACGCCACGCUGCUUCUGCCCGACGUGAUCAAAGUGAGCACAAGGUCCAGCGAACAUUUCUUCUCCGUGUUUCUCAACAUCAACGAGACCUUCAAGCUGAUGGAGCAGCUGGCCAACAUAGCCAUGAGACAGCUACUGGACAACGAGGGCUUCGAGCAGGACCGCUCGCUGCCCAAGCUGAAGCGGAAAUCACCCAAGAAGGUGUCUGCUCUGAAACGGGACCUUGAUGCCCGGGCAAAGAGUGAGCGGUACCGCGCUCUCUUCCGGCUGCCCAAGGACGAGAAGCUGGACGGCCACACAGACUGCACCCUCUGGACCCCUUUUAACAAAAUGCACAUUUUGGGACAGAUGUUCGUCUCCACAAACUACAUCUGCUUUACCAGCAAGGCGGAGGACCUGUGCAGCCUCAUCAUCCCGCUCCGCGAGGUGACGAUCGUGGAGAAGGCCGACAGCUCCAGCGUGCUGCCCAGCCCCCUGUCCAUCAGCACCAGGAACAAGAUGACCUUCCUCUUCGCCAACCUGAAAGACAGAGACUUCCUGGUGCAGAGGAUCUCGGAUUUCCUGCAGCAGACGACCUCCAGGAUAUACUCGGACCGAGAGCUGGCGGGGAGCUACAACAGCUCGGACGAUGAGGUGUAUUCUCGGCCCAGCAGCCUGGUGUCCGCCAGCCCCCAGAGGAGCGCGGGCUCCGAGGCCGACGGGGAGCGCCCCUUCAACCUGAACAGCGACAGCGUGCCCACGGCCACGCAGACGCUGAUGACCAUGUACCGGCGGCGGUCCCCCGAGGAGUUCAACCCCAAACUGGCCAAAGAGUUUCUGAAGGAGCAAGCCUGGAAGAUCCACUUCGCCGAGUACGGGCAGGGUGUCUGCAUGUACCGCACGGAGAAGACGCGGGAGCUGGUGCUGAAGGGCAUCCCCGAGAGCAUGCGGGGCGAGCUCUGGCUGCUGCUGUCAGGAGCCAUCAACGAGAAGGCCACGCACCCUGGGUACUACGCGGACCUGGUGGAGAAGUCCAUGGGGAAGUACAACCUGGCCACCGAGGAGAUUGAGCGGGAUUUACACCGGUCCCUCCCGGAACACCCGGCCUUCCAGAACGAGAUGGGCAUCGCCGCUCUGAGGAGGGUCUUAACCGCUUAUGCUUUUCGAAAUCCCAACAUAGGGUACUGCCAGGCCAUGAAUAUUGUCACGUCAGUGCUGCUGCUCUAUGCCAAGGAGGAGGAGGCCUUCUGGCUGCUGGUGGCGCUGUGCGAGCGCAUGCUUCCCGACUACUACAACACCAGAGUCGUGGGUGCCCUGGUGGACCAGGGCGUGUUCGAGGAGCUGGCGCGAGACCACGUCCCGCAGCUGUAUGACUGCAUGCAGGACCUGGGCGUCAUCUCCACCAUCUCCCUGUCCUGGUUCCUCACCCUGUUCCUCAGCGUGAUGCCCUUCGAGAGCGCGGUCGUGGUCGUCGACUGCUUCUUCUAUGAAGGAAUCAAAGUGAUUUUCCAGCUGGCUCUGGCCGUGCUGGAUGCCAACGUGGACAAGCUGCUGAACUGCAAGGACGACGGGGAGGCCAUGACCGUCCUGGGCAGGUAUCUGGACAGCGUGACCAACAAAGACAGCACGCUGCCGCCCAUCCCCCACCUGCACUCCCUGCUCAGCGACGACGUGGAGCCCUACCCCGAGGUGGACAUCUUCAGGCUCAUCAGAACCUCCUACGAGAAAUUUGGAACCAUCCGGGCAGAUCUGAUCGAGCACAUGCGGUUCAAGCAGAGGCUGAAGGUGAUCCAGACGCUGGAGGACACCACGAAGCGCAACGUGGUGCGGACCAUUGUGACAGAAACUUCCUUUUCCAUCGACGAGCUAGAAGAACUGUACGCCCUUUUCAAGGCCGAGCAUCUGACCAGCUGCUACUGGGGCGGGAGCAGCAACGCGCUGGAGCGCCACGACCCCAGCCUGCCCUACCUGGAGCAGUACCGCGUCGACCUGGACCAGUUCAAGGGCAUGUUUGCCCUGCUCUUCCCCUGGGCGUGUGGUGCCCACUCGGACGUGCUGGCCUCCCGCCUGUUCCAGCUGCUGGAUGAAAACGGAGACUCUCUGAUCAACUUCCGAGAGUUUGUCUCGGGGCUCAGUGCUGCCUGCCAUGGGGACCUCACGGAGAAACUCAAGCUGCUGUACAAGAUGCACGUCUUGCCUGAGCCCUCCUCUGACCAAGAUGAGCCAGAUUCCGCCUUCGAAGCAACUCAGUACUUCUUUGAAGACAUCACCCCGGAGUGCACACACGUGGUCGGACUGGACAGCAGGAGCAGGCACGGGGCAGACGACGGCUUUGUCACCGUCAGCCUGAAGCCGGACAGAGGGAAGAGAGCCAAUUCUCAAGAAAAUCGCAAUUAUCUGAGACUCUGGACGCCAGAAAAUAAAUCUAAAUCAAAGAAUGCAAAGGAUUUACCCAAAUUGAAUCAGGGGCAGUUUAUCGAACUGUGCAAGACCAUGUAUAACAUGUUCAGCGAGGACCCCAACGAGCAAGAGCUGUACCACGCCACUGCCGCGGUGACCAGCCUCCUGCUGGAGAUCGGAGAAGUGGGCAAGCUCUUCGCCCCCCAGCCGGCCAAGGAGAGCGGGGGGCCGUCCUGCCAGCAGGCCCUGCCCGGCAUGCUCUUCCCCAAGAAGGGGCCAGGCCAGCCCUUCACGGUGGAGCCGGUGGAGGCCCUGGCGGCCGGCCUGGCGGGCGAGGGUGACGAGCCCUCCCUCGGGGGACAGAUGGAGGACAUUAAGCUGGAGGACUCCUCACCCCGGGAUAACGGGGCCUGCUCGUCCAUGCUCAUCUCCGACGACGACACGAAAGACGACAGCUCCAUGUCCUCCUACUCGGUGCUGAGCGCCGGCUCCCACGAGGAGGACAAGCUGCAGUGUGAGGACAUCGGGGAGGACACGGUGCUGGUGCGCAGCGGCCAGGGCACCUCUGCGCUGCCCCGCAGCACCAGCCUGGACCGGGACUGGGCCAUCACCUUCGAGCAGUUCCUGGCCUCGCUCCUGACCGAGCCCGCCCUGGUCAAGUACUUCGACAAGCCGGUGUGUAUGAUGGCCCGCAUCACCAGUGCGAAGAACGUCCGCAUGAUGGGCAAGCCCCUGGCCUCCGCCAGUGACUGCGAGAUCUCCGCCCUGUCGGGCUGAGCCGCCCGGCGCGGGGCGGGGCCUUUUUUAUGUUCUUGGGGGUGGGGGGCGCGGGGGUCUUUCUUUUAAAUUAAAUAUUUAUUAGUAUUCGGCUUGAAGCCCAGUGUUUUCAUAAUAUAAUGCAAUGAAAACUGUCGGAGAAACAGUUAAACACCCCGUGGGGCAGGGGCCCUCCGGCAUAGCGUUCACUCCCGGCUCCAAAGCCAGGUGGCCCUCCCGACACGUGGCAUCGGGCGCCUGAAGCUGGCUGUGGGCCUUAGACAGGCUGUAAAACGUAGUGCUCCGCUGGGCAAGGCCGCAGCCUGCAGUGUUGGGGCUUUGUCGAUCAACUGCAGGGAAGCCAGAGGCCACAGGCCCAGCAAUGUCCCCACGUGGGAAAGGCCACCUCCGCUGUGGUAACUCCUGCACCACUUUAAGGAGCAUGGGAAAUAUUUUUUAAGAUUUGAAAAAUAUUUCAUAAAUUCCUCUAUUCAGAAAUCAUUAACCAGAUGUCCCCCUUUAAGGGGGGGACCGUCAGAGUCCUAAACGAUUAAGAGGGCAAGGUGAUUUUUAUGCGAUGCCAGAACCACACUUUCACCGACCGAUUCGGACAAAGGCCAGGCCCAUUUUGCAUUCAAAACUGUUCCAAUGAUUUGUAUCAGCCACCAGAAUUCAGUGGAAACCAUGUUCUAUCACACUCUCAAUGUGGCAACAGAAGUGAAAAGGAGGCUCGGGAUUUUUUUUUUUUUAAAGAUGCUUCUGACAUGGAUUCUCAGCUUCUUGUUACUGCAAAUAAAGCAAAAAAUAAACCCAUAAACUUUACCAUUUCCAUACUCUCUGUAGAGUCACGAAAUCUUACUAUAUACCACAUCUGAACAUUGUUCCAGUCAAAUCAAUGUAGAGGUUGUGUAAACUGAAAAGAAGAAAAAAGCCUGCAAGAUAACUGGGUGUUUUAAGCAGAACCUGUCACUUUCUAUGAAAACUAGUCUGUUCUCUCUGAUUCCCGAAUGGAUGUGAAACGGGAAUAGCGCACCUGCACUUUGAAUUCCUGCUUUUUUUAAUUACUAUUUUCAUUUUAUCUUUUACAAAUGUUGAUGGUGUGUUUGUCUUUUCCUUGAAUUCGUAAUCAUGGUCAUGUUUUCUUCGCUUUUUCAGAAUAUUCCUUUCAACACAUCCCUUUAUUUUAUUAUCCAUUGUGUUCUUAUCUUAGCUUUUGCUGCUGUUUUUUUUUUUUAUUUUGUUUACAGAAUGAUUUUAAGCUGUCGAAGUAGUGUUAACCUCAGAUAGGAUAAAUGUGAACCAAUAAAAUACAUCAGAUACUCA